UUGCUUGCCGAGUUUGAGUAGCGGUCUGUUUGCUCAGUUUCGCUUGCCAUCAAUGUCAACAACAACAGCAGCAACAAUGAGAGUGAGCAGCACAGCAAUCGCUCGGCCCAUUAAUGCCGGCGGAACAACUACAACAGCAACAGCAAUCCUUAAUAACACCAACCAACCCACCUCUGCCCGAGCCUUGGUGCCACUAUUAGCCUUGUGCUUCCUCUGCAUUGCCUCGGCAGCAACCACAACAGCGGCGACAGCCACGUCUUCCACCUUCAACACAACCACUGCCAGGACAGCAAACGCGCCUGCAGCUGGAACAUCGCUGCCCUUGGCGCCCGUAGUUGCAGCCGUGAUGGCCACCGCCACAUCCAAGCCGGGGGCCAGCGGCGCCCAACAGCAGUGCUCACUGUCCGAGUUCACCUGCGCGAACACGCGCUGUGUGCCGCUCAGCAAGUACUGCAACAACGUAAACGACUGCGGCGACGGCAGCGACGAGCCACGCUUCUGCACACGCUGUAAUCGCACCUACUACGGAGACAUCGGCUUAACCUACUCUCUGGAACUUUAUCGCCCCAAACAGGAUCGAUUGCCGUACGUGUGUGUGCUGACCUUUACUGCCGCGGGUGGCCAACAUGGCGACGUCGUACAGGUAACACUUGAUAGCUUCACGAUUGGACGCUUCACCUCGUACCUGCAUGACGGUUGUCCGGAUGGUUACAUGCAAAUCGCCGAGUCGGCGCGCACUCCCAUCGGCGGCAUGUGGUGCGGCACAUCCUGGGGCCCAGUGCUGUUCUACAGCGAGACCAGAUCUUUGAUUUUCACAAUCAAAUUGAACAAGCUGGCGCGGGACCAGAGCGGCUACAAUUUCGACUUUCGCAUCAGAUACAAGGUUCUGUCGAAGGACAGUUCGGUGACGCGCUACGGCGGCAUCAAGCUCGAAGAAUUGCGGCAGUGGUAUAAUCGCAGCAGUUUCCAGAAUCAAAAUGCAAUCGAAGAUUUCACAAACUCCAGCGGCGCCCAUUCGGAUCGCUAUGGCCAGGACUUCAGCUUGUUCAGCGCCUAUGCCAACAAUAAGACUUUCAUGAGCUCGUUACAGCCCGCUGUGGAAAAGGACGCGCUCAACUACACGGCGCCAAAGUACUAUCUGGGCGAUCUCAUACCGGGCACAUAUUGCUCACGCAUCUUCAGUGACUGCGACAGGAAGGCGUGCCGCCUGCAAUCACCCAACUUUCCCGGUAUUUAUCCGCGCAACCUGACCUGCUACUACGCCGUGCGACAGCAUGAGGUACCGCACGGCAAGCACGCAAUGAUUCUAGUAAGGCAAACAAAAGGAAAUUUAGUAUGGAUAUCCACUCAAGAUACCGGAAUCGGUAGCAAACCACCGCCUAGCACUAGCGAAAAGGAUAAAAAGUUCGAGCCGCGUUUGAAAACAUGGAGCGAAUGCGAUAAUGUACAGGACUACGUGACAGUUUACGAUGGCUACACAACACGUGACCCAGUCGUGCUAAAGUUUUGCGGCGGUGGACAAGCAGUACCGGCAGCAGUGUCCAGCGGACCAGAGUUAUUAGUGGAAUUUACAACAUCGCCUUUCGGUACCUUCACAGGCACAUCUUCUCAAGUGCUGCCCCUCUAUGGAUUUCAGCUAGAUGUCGAAGUAAUUUUCGUAGAUGUGAUGAGCCCGACGUAUUCGAAGAAUAAAAAACCGUGUGAGUUUUGGAUACGCGGCGCUGGACGUGGUAUACUUGAGAGCCCAAAACAUUCGCUGGCACCAAACACCACUUGCCUUUAUCAUUUGCAAGGCAUGGGCGUGUUUAAAACUUUCGAUCAUCUGAGUUUGUCGCGUCGAACAAGUGCUCAAGGCAUGAACCAGCCGCUAUUUCGCUUCAAGGUGUGGAUAUCGAUGAUGAAAUUCAAUUUGGAUCCUGAUUUUGGACAAAUGGAUGAGACAUCUGUCGGCGCGAUUGGCGUGCUGCAAACACAGGAGGAUUGCAGUGGCAUGCUACGCAUCUGGGACGGUGCUCUAAGAGAGCCACCGGCAUGUAAAGAUCUCAACUGCGCCAGUGAUGUACCCUCGCACCCAUUACUCUCACAUUAUAGUAAUAAUUCGACAAAUGUUAUUGCACGUUAUUGUCGCGGUACUGUACCGCGCACCUGUGACCGCUCGAAUAUCAACGAGACCUAUGCGCGACCAUGCACGAUCUCUGAAAGUUAUGUCUCGAGUAGCGAUAGCAUAACGUUGGAGCUCAAGAACACAGAGUCAACAGUAUUGCGCCCACUUGACUUCAAAUUGAAAUACGAGUUCAUCGAUCUGCACCAAGACGGUCUGCCGCUAGCUGGCGGCGAGAACGACUGUAAUCGUAAAUUUGUCAGCAGCCUCAUGGAUCGGAAAGACCCCGCAAUAUUUCGCAGCGUACGCAAUAUAUUCCUCUUUGGACGUGGCGGCACACGAAACCUGAAAUGCAUUUAUAAGUUUGAAGGACAACGCGGUGAACGUGUACGCAUCAAAUUACGUAAAGUUACCACACUAAAUAGACCAUGCAUGUCGCGGGUAGAUGAGGACAUAAAUCGCUCCUUCUGCUACGGCGAUACUAAUGCGCGCAUCGAAAUAUUUGAACGACCUUACCACGAUUCGAUUUUAUUGCCACGUGGUUGUCUCUGCAAUUCGUCGAAUUCGUCACAUUUACCUGUGGAAUACACAUCAACCGGUCGAGAUCUUGAGGUCCACUUUACUGCGAUAAAUAUGACUACAUUAGAUGAUCCGGAUGCCAUCAACUUCGAAGGCAUGUUCGAAUUUAUUAAAGGACCAGCGAGCUGCAAAGACGGGCGACGCAAAUUCGGCCCCAGUGGUACUAUACACAUGACAUUCGGUGACAUGGAUUGUCGCACGCGUCCUUGGUUAAUAGAACCAUCCAAUGGCAACAAGUUUUUAUAUGUGCGUCUGAAAGCAAUAUUCUUGCGAAAAUACAAUCCGAAGAAAGCAAUGAAUACAACCAUAGUGGGACCCAGUUCUUACCGGUGCGAAACGAAAGCGCGUGUUGUGCUUACAACUUCUGAAGGUUUGACUAUAACCGCUUGUCCGCUCUCGCCCGACUCCAAAGCCUACGAGUUCGUGGAAAUUUUCAGCUCUGGCUGGAACGAGCGUCCCAUUUACUCAAUCGCUAAUCGUUCCAAAGCCAUCAGUGUGGAGUAUCUACGCCCUGAGAAUGGGGAUUUUACAUUUAAUUGGAUGGAAUUGGUUCCUAGACCAGUAUUAAGUAUAGCAGAAGACUGUCAGUACAAGUGCUCCGAGUUGGGGGCUUGUGUCAACGUGAGCGUUUGGUGCGACGGCAUUAUACACUGCCCUUCCGGAGAUGAUGAGACUUUCCUACAGUGCUCGGCCAUUAUGAAACUUCCCACUGAGAUAUUGGCCACCUUGUGUCUCAUCAUUGUGUUGCUAUGCUGUGCUUUUGCCGCUUUCGCGUACAAACGUUUUGCUUUCCAUUGCAGGAAAAUCAAGCGCAAAUUCCGUGGUUCAUCGGUACUACAAACGCGCCUCAAAUCAUUGAGUUCUAUGGACACUGCCGUAUUGGAAGAGAAGGAGGUGAUUUGCUGACAAAACGACAAUUCUGUACGAUAUGUUGAAAUCGAUCGUGUGACCACAGUCUGACCACUUUCGAUCGCAACUUCAAAAUUCGUACAGAAUUGUGCCCCGGAACUAUGCAAAAUGAUGCCGAGAAUGGCGUCGAAGAUUCAUGUGCUCGUUUAAAUGCGAAGCAACAAACUAAUGCGAGUAUGUGUACGACCCGAUUCACCUGUUUUUAUGCAUUUGAAUUUUAUUCGAAAAUUUCGUAUGUAAGUUUUUACCCAACGUCAACUAACAUUACAUCUAACACAACUCUAACUGUCGUCUCUACGCAAUGAUCUCUGUAAGUUUGCAAUACAAGAAAAUGCAAAAUCCAUAUAAUUUUUUACUACUCAUUUUAAGCCGAAAAUGAAGACAAGCAUCAAAUAAACCCAGCAAAUGUUUAUAUAAACACUUCCAUAUGUGUGUAUAAUGUGUAAUCCUAGUCUAGCUAUGUAAUGAUGUACUGCAAAGGUCAUUUGUGAAUGUAUGUAUUAGGCACAGAGGACUUUAAAUGAAGCUUUAAUCAUAAAAAUUAUGUUCAUGCGUUCAGCAAACUAUAGCUGUACCCAAACAGAGUAAUAAUAUUGAAUCAUUUUGAAUUUGAGUGUUGUGGGUUGGGCCUUCUUUACGCGAAAAGCCUGGGUUCUUUAAAGGCAUCCGGUAAUUGUUAGUAACGAUACAGACUACAGACCCCUUUCAUUUGAUUUCUUUUCCAAUGACCAAAUACUGCCAUGUAGUUUUGAGAAUAUUCAUGGCUACUGCCGUGCUAAGUUGCUUCAUCGUUCGCGCUGUUUUUUAUAAUGUUUGAAACUAACUUUGUACAUUUUCUUUUAAACAGAUUAUUUCCAAUUUCUGCAAUAUCCUUUUGAGAAUUAUGUCUGAAAAAUAAAAUUUACUUCUUUGUUAUAAACUUCCAUGCAUGAAUCGAAAACAAAUACACUCCUCAAUUAGUUAGACGCACCCGUACUUACAAUAGUAUUCAGCUUAUUUUGGAUUGCAUUAAAUAAAAGUUGAUGUGCAAAAGUCCUGGUUAUUUAAUGAUAAUUCAGGGAUAAUAUUCACCAGAUUUAAAAAAAUUUAUCAAAAUUUUGUGUUUUCAAACAUUUUCUUAGAGCUUAUUAGAAUAAAAUGAAAAGUAUUAUUUUCAAUUACAUUAAAAUCCGGGGAAUAUGUUGGCCAAGUCAUAAUAUAAAGCUUUUGACUCGAAAUACAUGACUUAACGAAGACGAAGAGUUAUUUUAUUAAAAUAAACAUUUACUUCAAUGCAGUUUUGAAGCGCUCAACGUUCUGUUUCUGAUCAAUAAAAAUAAAAUAAAUUGUUCUAUGAAACUUGAUGGCAUCCCGUACCAUUGCUCACUUAUUAUGGCGGCUGAAACACACUUCUUCUUUGCGUAAAUAUGGAAAAUUAAAUUGAAAGCCAUCGGGUCCCUAUUAAAUAAAAAGUUUUAAACGUAAAAACAACUGAACGCCAAUCAUUGAGCGAGUGUCAGAUUGAACAGCGUUUCCUAUUUUUUGUUCAAUUAUUCUUAAUUAAGUUUUUUAUUAAUGAAAAUAUUGGUUCUUUUUACACAAGACAAAAAACGUGAUUCAAUGACCAACUGCAAGUCAUUGAACAUAGUUUAAAUUUUCAUAAGAAAUAGUUUUUGGUCAACUAAAUUGAUUAGUCUAACCUAUAGCCAGGAGUGUAUUGGUUGGUUCUAAAGAUAAUUCAAUUACAUUGAAAGACAUUGUAUAUGGUAUUUUAGCAACGAAUCGAGUGAAAGUAUAGAAGAAAGACUCGCAUAAUGUCGACUUUGGUACCCUUUUGAACAAACCGGUAUUCACUGCUUUAUAGAGCUUGGCUCUUAAAGUAAUAUGUGUGGAAAUGCAGGUUCGACAAAUAAAAAUUACAAUUUCAUUAAUAAAUUAUUUCUUUACAAAAUGAAUAAUUUCAUUUAGAAAUGGUGAUAUGAAAUUCUGAACGCGGAACCAUGGCAGCCAUCUGCUCAACUCAAUAAACACGUUCUCAAACCAAUUUACAUUACUCUUGUUUUGAACUAUAUCCAGUGAAGGAUUAAUUAAGUUUACAAAAUUUAGCAUAAUAAAAAAUCCAAACAAUGCAAAUUAUACCUACAUACACAUACAUAUAAUAUUAAGUAGUGAUAACUAGCCUCCGGACUUCGAAAAUGUAUCGCUAACCAAUUGUGAGGUCACAUAAGUUUUAGGAACUCGUAAAUAAUCCCAGCAUUUAUUAUGCGACGCACAACAUAAACUAUUAAUUAGAAAUGUUAGUAACCAAAACAGAAAGUAGUAAAUAAUAAAUAAAAACAAGUAAAUAAAUAUAAAAAUCAUGAAAUAAUCUCACACGAUUGCCCUGGUGCUAAACUGAAACAAACACUCGAAGAAAAUAUAAUUAAAAUGUAAUCAUUACAAAGUAUUCUAGUUUUGAAAAAGUUAUUUGCAUUGUGCAGUUUGAAAGUGCAAAACCUCAAAGAGUAGGAAAAAAUGUUUUUCAAAAAAGUAAGUCUUCAGAUGAAAGUAUCAAACAAAUGAGGUUCAAACAAACAGUAUAGUACUCUGAGUGCGCUGGUGUUUUAAUAACGUAUGUAUGUAUGUAAGUGAGUGUGCUGCAAUAAUAACAACUCUGAUUGGUUAAAUUGCAUGCUGUGAGAAAGUAGAAAGUUUACUUCAGAUCAGCAUUUUUGGUUAAGCGCAUUAAAAUUACUAAGGUACAUAUACAUAUACGAUUUGAAUAUCCAUAUAUACGUAUGUAUAUACUAUAUAUACAUAUAAAUAUGCAUAUGUAGAUGUGAGUGUGGUGUUUGUGGAACCUGUGAAAAAGACUUUUAAUAGUUGUUCUGGUAAUAAGAAUUGUCAACAAAAACUUAAAAUACUUAUAAUUAUCUAUUUAGUAUGAUAUUGAAUAUGAUGAGUUCCGAAAUCGUGGAUUAGAAAUAUUAGACCAUAUGCAUUCAUAUACUGCAUCGAAAUUGGUGAUCUUCUAUUAUUUCUUUAUCUAUCAGAGAAUGCAAAAAUUCAAACAGACAGAAAAACAAACGCCAUCGCCUUCGAUUCAAACAAGCAAUUCGUAUAAAAGCAUUAGACUGGCAUAAUCAUAGAGAGUGUUUCGACCACUUACGUUAUAUGAGAUAUCGUCAACAAACACUCGUGUAUUGUACUUUAUUUGAUAACAGAGUUCAAAAGGCAAACUAGAAGCGAAGUGGCGAAUUGAAUGCGGCCUAUUUUAAGUUACAUUACUCCUGAAAAUGAAAUAUCAUAAACACUUAACUGCCGGAUUAAUGUUUGUUGCAUAUUGUUUCGGUUGAAAUUUAUUUAAAAAAUUUCUAUAAACUGCCAAACCAACGAACUUUUAAUAAAGUGGAAGAAUUGCUGCCAGAUAUAUUAUAUGAAAUUUCAGUUCUAUAUUGACAGGUCUAGCCGAAUUUGACUUUUACUUUUGGAUCAAUUAAAAAUACUUUUAAUAAAAUUAGUAAUAGUUGAUUAAAAUAUUAAUGGUCAUAUCUCCCUCGCAAAUACCAGGUUCAAAACCAGUCAAUUCAAAAAUUUGUAAUUUACUCAAUUUAGGGCACAAGACCAUUAAAAGACUUUUUGGGCAUCAAUCAAACACGUUACAACCAUUCGAUUCGAUAGUCAAUGCCCAAUUUGCACAGCAUAUCUACACUUGCAAAUAUAGUUUUCAGAAAGAAAUUCGCAUAACUUAUUUUCACAGUGGAAUCGCUGAAAACUGCAAAGCGGAUUAGAGAGGCCGGGUAGGAUCGAAAACUCUCCUUCCAGCUGCUGUCGCUUAGUAAGGCUCAUCUCUCCGCAACCAUUGGUGCGGUUACUGGUCAUCGUCGAAUAGGCACACACGCGGUGAGGUUAGGAUCAAGACGUUAAUUGCCUGUUUGGAGUAAGGCGAAGAGGAAUCAUCCAAGCACUUCCUCCUUCAAUAUCCAGUAUUCGACAGACUUUGGUUAAAGCACCUCGGUAGGCAAAUCUUCGGCGAACACAGUGAAGUGAUUGGAAUCGACAUUACCCGACUUAAGAACUUUAUAAUAGAGUCCAAGCGCUUUGUCGAAUCAUAAAGGUCUUGUUGAUCUGUCAGCAGUAUUUGGGUGUCAGAAAGGGCAGUCGAAACUGUCUAAGUGAGAUUCUCUGCAGUUGCGGAGAUCUAUCCCUUGACCUGACAUAACCUAAUGUAUUAAAAUUAAAUGUUAAUAAAAUCAAAUACAAAUUGUAGAGUAUCUCAUGUUUCCCUUUGGUCCAUUAGAAACUAAAUUUCAUUGAUGGGAAGCAAGUUCUUGAUUUCUUGUUUCCUCCAUCGUUACCUAACAUUAUCACCACCUUACUAUAUAUUGUAUGUUUUGAAUAUCUUUUUGGAUUAUGUAAUCUGAAAGUUUUAAUUUUUUUAAUCAACUCUUUGCGUAACUAGUUGCUUGCGAUAUGACAACGGGAAAAAUAAAAAUAUAUCAAAAUUCCAAAAACAAACAAUAGGGAACAUACAUUUGGGAGAGCUCUUUUGAUAUAUCCUUUUCUGUGCAUUGAUUUCGUUUUCACUAUAAGUAUACUUCCAUGUUUUAAUUAAAUCAAAAAUUGUAAUAUGAUAUUGUUGUUGUUUUUCAAUUAUAAUUACGUUUACAACAUUAAAAAAUCGGAAAACGUAUAGUAAAUAUAAACACUGCCUAAAAGUAAUAAAAUCAUAGCUUAAGUUGAAUGUUUUAUGAGAAAUUGUGAAUGUCAAAACAAAAAACCAAAUGCAUGUAUUCAUUAAGGGAUCAAUUGACUAUAGUUGGAUGUGUGAAAGUUUUUUCCUGUUAGUCAAACUGUUUAAGAGCGUUAGCGAAAUAAGUAGCAAAUUUUAAAGUAUAUUUGAGUUAAUUGUGGAGAAUUGGAGUUUCUUUCUUCUUAAACUGAAAUUAGACUUAAACGCAUACAUAAUUACAAUUACAUAUUGCAUGUAUACAUACGAGUAUUUACAUGAAAUUUUAAUCAAAUACAAACAUACGCAGACAAUAAAAUCACAAAUUAAAUACAUAUUUACGUUACACUGUGAACUAUUUUGAGGAUAAGCGAAUAAAAUAUUUUACUGAGCAAAAAUGCGAUUUAAGAAACAAAAUCUUUGCGAACGAUACUGCAUAAGAAACAUGAUAAACAUAUUUACUCUUAAUGCUAUUUAUGAAAGGGAAGCAAGAAUGAAACCAACUAUGAAUUUAUUUUUUAGCAAAGUAUGAUGAUGGCAAUGUAGUAGUCAUGGACAUAAAUCUCAUCCUAAAACAGAAUCACCUACAUAUACUGCUCAAAGUAUAUACAUACAUAUAUAUU